UAGGAGGCGAGGAGAGCUGUCCCAAGUCUCAUUCCAGCGGCCGCCACCGUCCCAAACGCAAGGGUUCCGCGGCUGGCACGUCUCUCUCUCCGCGUCUCUGCACCACACACACACACACCCGCCAACAUGAGGGAAAUUCUGCACCUCCAAACUGGCCAGUGCGGCAACCAGAUUGGGUCUAAGUUCUGGGAGAUCAUCAGUGACGAGCACGGAAUCGACCCCACCGGACAGUACCAGCAGGUGAGCAGAGACAUCGAGGAGCUGCAACUGGAGAGGAUCAACGUGUACUUCAAUGAGGGCUCCAGCUACCAGCACUAUGUACCGAGGGCCAUCCUUGUGGACCUCGAGCCAGGCACCAUGGACUCCGUCAAGGCAGGACCCUACGGACAGCUCUUCAAACCAGAUAACUUUGUGUUCGGUCAGAGCGGCGCUGGCAACAACUGGGCGAAGGGACACUACACUGAGGGCGCCGAAUUGGUGGACUCCGUGCUGGAUGUGGUGAGGAAGGAGGCCGAGAACUGUGACUGUCUGCAGGGCUUCCAGCUGGCACACUCCCUCGGGGGCGGCACCGGCUCCGGCAUGGGCACGCUGCUCAUCUCCAAGAUCCGUGAAGAAUACCCGGACAGGAUCAUGAAUACCUUCUCCGUUGUGCCCUCCCCUAAGGUCUCAGACACCGUGGUGGAGCCCUACAACGCCACUCUGUCAGUCCACCAGCUAGUCGAGAACACAGACGAGACUUACUGCAUCGACAACGAAGCGCUCUACGACAUUUGCUUCAGGACGCUCAAGCUACAGAACCCGACCUACGGCGAUCUCAACCAUCUCGUGUCCCUCACCAUGUCCGGCGUGACCACCUGCCUGCGAUUCCCUGGACAACUGAAUGCCGAUCUGCGUAAACUGGCUGUCAACAUGGUACCUUUCCCACGCCUCCACUUCUUCAUGCCUGGAUUCGCGCCACUCACAGCCCGCAAAGCCGUGUCCUACAGAACCUUGAACGUCCCGGAACUGACCCAGCAGAUGUUUGACGCUAAGAACAUGAUGGCAGCGUGCGACCCCCGCCACGGCCGCUACCUCACCGUAGCAGCCGUGUUCCGCGGUAAGAUGUCCAUGAAGGAAGUCGACGAGCAGAUGCUGAAUAUCCAGAACAAGAACACGUCUUACUUCGUGGAAUGGAUCCCCAACAACGUGAAGACUGCGGUGUGUGACAUUCCACCUAGGGGGCUCAAGAUGGCCUCCACCUUCAUCGGAAACUCGACGGCCAUUCAGGAGAUCUUCAAGCGAAUCUCUGAGCAGUUCACGGCAAUGUUCCGGCGCAAGGCUUUCCUCCACUGGUACACGGGCGAGGGCAUGGACGAGAUGGAGUUCACGGAGGCGGAGAGCAACAUGAACGACCUGGUGAGCGAGUACCAGCAGUACCAGGAGGCCACCGUGGACGACGAGGAGGACUUCGAGGAGGAAGACGUGCAGGAGGAAGCUUAGGGAGGAGACGAGGGAUUCUGAAAUGACUGCCAUCCUUAAUCGACCGGAGAUGUGUCUACUACUACUACUACUACUAUUACUGCUACUACUACUACUACUGCUACUACUAUUACUAUGACCUUAUUCCUAGCCAGCACCCAUCCUCUCUCUCUCUCUUAGACAGUAUUUCCGAUGAUGCAACGAACGAAUCCAGCAGCUUUUCUCUUUGCCUGUCUGUCUGUCCGUCUGUCCGUCUGUCUGUCUGUCUGUGCAUCAGUCUGUCUACGAACGAACUUUUCAAUCAAAUAUAGAAGUCAAAGAAAAACAUAUCGGACCAGACUAAGUAUAAUUUCUCUCUCUCUCUCUCUCUCUCUCUCUCUCUCUCUCUCUCUCUCUCUCUCUCUCUCUCUCUCUCUCUCUCUCUCUCGCACACGCAUCCUCGCCAGUAAAUUUACUUAAAAAAAAGAAUAUCACAAAUCUUUAAAAUUCCAGUAAAGGAGUCGAGUGUUAUUAAGUGACGCACUGGCUUGGCAACACUGAAGCACUGUCACCAAAGUAAUAAAACAAUAAAUAAAUAAAAAAUCUUGGGUCGGUCUUCCAACAGCCGCCUAUGUAUAUGUAUAUGUAUGUGUGUAUGUGUGUGUGUGUGGAGAGAGAGUGUUUUAAGAAAUACAUUGGUGCUAUUACAAUACUACGAGGCAAGUGAAGCGUCGUUGUGUUCCAAAGCUUCAGUUAAUUAAACCCAUCAUAGUAAUUUAAUGUUUCCUGUUCCUACUAAUAGUUAUGAUAUUUCUUUAUUUUAUUUACUUUUUAUUGAGUUUAUUAUUAUUAUUAUUUUAUUUUAUUUAUUUAUUUUUUUAUUUCUAUGAUCGAUGGUGAGACGCGCUUGUCUUCAAAUUAUUAAAAGAUGCUGCCAUGA